UAUCCCUAUUCCCACGAAUGUGGCAGAAGCUCUCUCAGUACUAGAAUGGACGAAGGCUAUAAAGGAAGAAAUUGAUGCUCUUCAUAAGAAUGGCACGUGGGAACUUGUUGAUCUCUCUAAGGGAAAUGAUCCAGUUGGAUGUAAAUGGGUGUUCACUAUUAAGCAUGGGGUUGAUGGAACCGUGGAGAGGUAUAAAGCUCGUUUAGUGGCAAAGGGUUUUACUCAAGAUGAAAUUCAAAGUUUGAAAGACUUCCUUGCCACUCAGUUCGAAGUGAAAGAUCUAGGACCCGCCAAAUACUUCCUUGGAAUUGAGGUUGCCCGAUCAGAAAAUGGUAUCUUCAUCUCCCAAAGGAAAUAUGUCCUAGAUUUGCUUAAGGACACUGGAAAGAUUGGGGCUAAACCAGUUGACUCUCCCAUUGACCCCAACCAUAAGUUAAGUGACAACCAAGGUGAACCUCUUAAGGAUGUGAAGCAAUUUCAGARGCUUGUARGGARAUUGUUGUACCUCUCUAUGACUCGUCCAGACAUAGCAUAUGCUGUUGGUGUCCUCAGCCAGUUCAUGCAUGCACCUAGGUCCACUCAUCUUGAAGCAGCAGAGAGAAUACUGCG